AUGUCUCAGACUGCGCUCCGAGGUCCUCUGACGGAGCUCCGAGGUCCUCUGACGGAGCUCCGAGGUCCUCUGACGGAGCACCGAGGUCCUCUGACGGAGCACCGAGGUCUUCUGACGGAGCACCGAGGUCCUCUGACGGAGCACCGAGGUCUUCUGACGGAGCACCGAGGUCCUCUGACGGAGCACUGUGUCCCUCUGUUGAAGCACUGCGGUCCGCUGACGGAGCACUGA